CUAGGGCAUUAUGAGGGAGGAGACACAGCACAACUGACAAGGAAGUACUAAACAGCUGCAUUUCUAUCUGUCAGGACUCAAGAGAACAUUCGGAAGGCUACCGGGAAUCUCCAAUCCAAAUAGUAACAACACACUCUAAAUUUCCAGGCAACAACUGUUUCACGACUGCAGGAUGUCUUCAAUCUUAAAAGUGUUUGGGAGAGAAGAGAAGGAGAAGGAGAAGAAGAAGGAGGAGAAGGAGAAGGGAAAGGAUAGUAAAGAUGGAGACAAAAAAGACAAGAAGAAGAAAAAGGAGAAAAAGGAGAAAAAGCAUGAUGGACAAGAUGAUGACAGCAGCAGUAGCAGCUCUGACAGUGAUUCUGAAAAGGCUCACGGUGGGGACAAGAAGAAAAAGAAGGAGAAGGAUUAACUUUGGGACAGCCUACAAAAUAGUACAGGAGCAUCAGCUGAGCUCAUUCAGGAGACCUUCCGGGCAUUUGUAGGGGAAGUAUGAAGUGUCUGGGUUUAGCUCCUCCAAAAUAAAGUAGCUUUAUUUUGUUUUA